AUGACACGCGGACGUCCGCGAGACGACGUCUCCGCAACAACGGUGUCGUUGUUGCUACUGCUGUCGGCGGCCGCGGUGUCACCCGCCGACAACGUGACCGUAUUUCGGUGCUGUGGUCGCGGCGAGAUGCUCGAUCCGACCGACGUGCACGGGCCGUGCGCCCUGUUGCCGGCGUCCUUGCCGCAAGACUUCGUGCCCGUCAUCUUCGACGUGAACAGCAACCAGUUCUUGAACCCCAACGAGCCUCCACCGGCUUACUGGAACCUGGUCCACGAACGUCCGCCGUGCCGGCCCGCCGCGUUUUUGCCCGCCUCGACACCCCAAGACCCGCCCCGGUUCGUGUCAUUCCUCAACGGUACGCUGCUGGCGCAACAUUGGCCAAAGAACUUGAUGGUGGACCCGGGCCUGUUCUGUCUGGAUCGAGCGGGCGCGCUGUUGUGCCUGCCCGACGAGCCGAACAAGACGAAAAAGUGCUGCGGCCCAUCAGCGGUAUACAGCGAAGCGAACGGGGGAUGCGAGUUCUCGGGCCGGCACGACGCGGCUGAUCUGCCCGAAGACAUCACGUCCGGGUUCCCGCGAUGUGAGGAUGAUGUGUACAUCUUGUCCGGCCGCAUCAACGAGUCGCAUUGGCCCGUCAACGGCGCGUGGCCCGCGGGAGGACAGCUGCGUACGGCUGACGGCGUCACACUCCAGCCCCGGGAAUACUGUCUGGAGCGCGUGCUCGAACAGACGCAGGAGCCUCGCACGUGGACCGUGUUCACGUGUGCUCCCCGGCACGGCGUCGACCACGUGACCAAGAGCUACCGCGAGGAUAUCCGCUUCACCCUUUACCCGCUUGGACUGUUGCUGUCCGUGUUCUUCUUGGCCAUCACCCUGGUGGCCAGCUACAUGCUGCCCAGCACUUAUCACGUGCUCCAUUGGAGGUGUCAAGUCAAUCAUGUCGGCUGCUUACUAGUCGGUGACCUGUUCCUGGCAAUCGUCCAACUGUCCGGUGACUCUUUGCAAGGAUCGCUGUGCGUCUUCACAGCCAUUGUAAUGCAUUUUGUCUUUCUGGCGGCGUUUUUCUGGCUCAACACGAUGUGUUUCAAUAUAUGGUGGACGUUUAGGGACUUGAGGCCCGCCAACUUGGAUAAAGGCCAAGAGGCGUGUAGGCUUAGACUGUAUCAGUUGUACGCUUGGGGUGUGCCAUUGGUGAUCGCUACUCUAGCCGCUGUAUUGGAUCGUAUUCCACCAGAUCAAUACAUGUCACUGAUCAGACCUAAAUUUGGGGAACAUCGUUGCUGGUUCUAUGGUGACGCAGAGGUUCUGUCAUAUUUCUAUGGACCAAUUGGUAUUUUGUUGAUGAUGAAUUUAACAUUGUUCGCGGCCACGGCUAGGGAGUUGACGUGUGGCUUAUGGAGAACUGAAGUAGUGAAAUCUACAAGCGAAAGAGCCACACUGGGUCGCGUGUGCCUGAAACUGGUGAUCGUCAUGGGCAUCACGUGGGUGGUAGACGUGCUGUCGUGGGUGAUCGGCGGCCCGGAUUACGUGUGGUACCUGACGGACCUGAUGAACGCGCUGCAAGGGGUGCUCAUAUUCAUAGUGGUCGGCUGUCAGCCACAGGUGUGGAUGGCCGUCAGGCGCAUGUGGUGCCUGCGCACGGACAACCCGUCGGACGGCGGCAACGCCCGUUCGUCCACGUCCAACGCGAAUCCGUCCACUGUCAACGAGUCGACGCUGUCCAAACCGGUGGAGACGCUGUGUUGA